CACGCAAACAUACGCACACUCACAUAACUGAAGUUUUGGCCACUCGCCCGUGUGGUUAUACAAGUAGGCAUCUAAUCUCGACUAAUCCUCAUUUCAAACAAACGCGCACACACACACAGGUCUGGACUCUGCCUCAUCUCUGGAAAUCCUAAAGAGCCUGUCAAUGCUGGCAGAGACGGGCCGAGCAGUUGUGGUCACCAUCCACCAGCCACGCAGCGAGAUAUUCCACUCGUUUGACAAGAUCCUCCUGCUGUGCCGCGGUCAGGUGGCCUUCUUUGGCUCCCCCAUCAAGGUCUGGGACUUCUUCACACGGGCUCUCAACUACGAGGAUGAGUCUCUGUCUGACUCAGGCUCCUCCACCAACACAGCAGACAGAAUCCUGGACCUCCUCAAAGAGCAGCGGAGCCAACAGCAGGUGUUGCGCAAGUACCGCAGCUGCGGAGAGCCGACAAAGGUCAAGUGUGCCGUGUGGCGGGGGAAAGGGAGCGCAGAACACACACCUCUAUCACCAGACAGUCGUAAUCCUGGAUUCUGGCACAGACUGGUGUCACUGGAGGCCAGGGCAUCACUGCGACAGACUACAUUCACAAUCAUCUACCUCCCCAUUGUCUACCUCGUGUUUGGAACCAUUCUCGGGACGACAUACCUCUUCACCAACACACCGGUCCAGGUCAUGUCCGUCACCUGUCUCCUCAGCUGUUCCUCCUCCCUCUUCAUGAGCUCCAUCAUCAUGUCCCUCCUCGUCGAACCCCUCAAGCUCUUCCGACUCGAACACUCGGACGGAAUCUCCAGUGCCCACGAGCUCAUCCUCCAGGUGUUUAUCCGCAUGUCCUCCAUCUGUACUCUGCCCCUCGCCGUCUGUGCCACUUUAGUGUUUAUGCUCGUCUACCAAAACUACUCGCUCGUGGUCUAUGUCACGGUUCUCCUGACGUUUCUCCUCGUGAACCAAUCCUGGCUCGCUAUCUUCAUACUGUUCACAGUGCUCUAUCCGCAACAGGCGCACCGACUGUGCCCCGUUUUCUCUGCAAUAGGUGGAUUCUGCUGUCGGUUUCAUCGUCCCUAAGCCUCUAAUGCCCGUCUACUAUGCCUGGAUAUUCUACAUCAACCCUUCUUACUACGCCUACGCCGCGACCACCGUCACUGUGCUACACGACAAUGAUCUUGGAGGGUGUACUAGGGAUUCGCCGCUCGAGUGUUUCCGAGUGUCCAGCGUGGCCGUUUUGGACUCUUUCGGGCUCGCCGAAGUCAAUCCGAUUCAGUACAUGGUUAUUCUCAUGGGGAUGGUCUGGGUGCUCCUGCUAUUAGCCAUCAUUAUACUGCAGUUGAAGGUGACCUACCCUGUCAUAAAGGAGAGUCUGGAGCCGCUCUUCUGUUGUCUGGUCAAUAGAAGGAAAAGACGCAGGCAGGUUCACUCAUCGGAGGCUCUAGGACUGGUAGAACACAACCCUACCUGCUCACUCCACCUGCCCAGCUCUGACCUCGCCUCGCAAUCGUCCGACUCCAAACCCCCCAAUUACAACACCGUAAUUGACCUUGAGGCAGCAGACGGCCCCUCAAAACCGGGCCACGAAUUGAACGAAACGCGACACCUCUAAAUGUGUCUGCAGCACAAAAGACGGAGACAAGGACAGGGCAGUUUGUACUCACUUUCUUCUGGACGGAAAACACAAGGUCGAAUUCGACUUUCCCUGGGAGCGACCUCAGCCUCCGGUAGUCGAAGACAGCGUUUUCGACGAUGUGAACCAACCGACGGUCGUGGCUAAACAGGUUCUGCAGCCGACAGAACCGUCUCAGCCGAUGCUGGAUGCACCACAGACCAAGUGUGAUGGUCAGAGUCAAGAGCCUACAAGUCCAGUCCGCAAACACGUGGUGCUGCGCCGAGGAAUGAGCCUGGGUUUGGGAUUCAAUAGACACAGUACGGCAGCCAAUCGGGGCAGCACGGUCUUCCAGAACACCCUCCUCCAGCACAGACACAGCGCCGUCGUCCAGCUCACGAUGGACGAAGACGAGGAGGAGGGAGGGAUCGACGAGGGAACGCGCCGGGAGCUAACCACCGAGAAGUGGAAACUGAGGAGACUGCAGAUGGACAUAGAGCUGAAGAGACUAAAGCACAACGAGGAACGAGAGCGAGUGAGGAGACACUCGGGGGCCUUUUUUCAUCAGGCUCUGGACCCACAUGACCAACAGCAACAACAGCAAAGCAAUGGCCACAUUCAGUUAUCUCGUGCCGGGGCCAGCGCAAGCAACAUUAGUCACUGGAAACCGUCGUCCGAUCGCCGCGUGAACAGAAGCAGGAGCAUGCAAGUGAGCAGUGGUCUACCAGCGAGCAGAGCCUGGUCAAGACUGAACGACCCACUGGUGCCCCCUCGCCUGGAGAUAACACAAGAGGAGGAGGAGGAGGAGGAGGAAGACGAGGAGGCUGGAUUAGGUCUGCCACCAAAGGACAUCCCGUUCUUCGAGGAAAAAACUACUGCUGGGAGCAUUGCCCUGGACAUGAGCCAGAUUCCAGUGGCCGAGAUUGCUGAGAGCAUUCCCUCCCAGAGCUCUGACCACAGCUGGAACACUGCGGGAGGACAAGACAGUGCAUUUUAGACGGCCACCCGCGCGUUAUUGUGUAAAUUUUUCGUCUUCAUUCACGAUGAUCAGUCAUUAUUUUGUGUUCUAAUUAUACGAUUACUUCACCAAGAAAUAUUGAAAACUUCCACGAGCGCGGGGAAGAGAGUUCUGCGCCGUUACAAGUAUGUCCUGCAAGCCAGUGGUCAUUAGGGACGACGUCCUGAACGAUCUCGCAACUCGAUUCCUGAUCAAUAUUCCUGACGAGGACAAAGAUGAUCCUCUCAAGCUGUGCUCUCACAUUGAGGUGGCACACUGGUUCUAUUUGGACCUCAUACGGCCAGAAGACCCUGCCCUCCCUGGCUGCAGUAUGAAGGAGUUUAUGGCUACCAUUUUCAAGCACUGUCCAUUCCUAGUGAGAGACUCUGUGGCACGUGAUCUGGACACCCUCCAGUCUCAGUGGAAGACACUCAAGUACCGCAGACCCACUCGCGGAGCCAUCAUUCUCAACCAAGACCUCACCAAGUGUCUGCUGGUGCAGGGCUACCCGGCCUCCACAUCGUGGGGGUUCCCCAAAGGUAAACUGGAGAGGGGAGAGAGCGAUCAAGACUGCGCCAUUAGAGAGGUCUAUGAAGAGACAGGGUUUGACAUUCGAGCACUCAUUCGGAGUGAGCACUAUUUGGAGUGUGAGUCGAGGGACAGCGAGCGGGCAUCUCGGAUGUACAUUAUUCCAGGGAGUCCCGGAGGAGACAGGGACAUUCAGUGGUUCCGAGUGGAGGAUCUUCCUCGGUUCAAGAAGGAUCUCACCACCAGACAAAACCUCGGGAAGAACCCCAGCAGCUUCUUCAUGAUCAUCCCCUUCAUUAGGUCAGGGGCUCACCCAUAUUCAGCUGAAGAAGUGGAUAUCCAACUACCAGAGAGCCCGUGGUGUGGCAGGUGGAGGGAGGAAGACCACUCGAGCAGUCUCGGCUGCGUUUCCCAGGCCCUCUGCCCCUCUCCAGCCCACGAGGAAAUCCUCAAACUCUCCCUCUCCCUCCUCCCCCCAUCUCCCUCGGAGGACAGCUAGCAGUCGCACCGUAAACAGUGGACAGGAGAAAGCUUCCGCACAGCUACAAACACAGCCUCAUUCCAGUCAACAGUCUACCCCUUCUAUGAGAGCUGUUUCAGGACCUUCAGCCAGCAGUAGUACCACAAGAACUGCACAUAUUGGACAACAGAAAGGUUCUGCCAUGCUACAAACACAGCCUCAUUCCAGUCAACAGUCUACCCCUUCUAUGAGAGCUGUUUCAGGACCUUCAGCCAGCAGUAGUACCACAAGAACUGCACAUGCUAGACAGCAGAAAGGUUCUGCCAUGCUACAAACUCAGCCUCGCGUUGUUGGACAGUCGCUACUUAUCAGAGCUGUAUCAGGACCUCCGGGAGGGAGAUUGAGACCUUUAAACCCUGUUAUCGGACAACUCGCGAGCGACGGACCAAUAACCGACCGGAGUGAACAAGGGUCAGGGGUCAUGCGGUCACAUACUGUUCCACACCCUGUCCAAGGUCAUCACCACCCACACGUCACUCCCCACCCGGCUCCCCAGCCUCACCGCUCUCUCCCACCUCCCCCACACCCCCUCGCCGCUCUGUGGCAGGCGCCAGCUCACAAGCAUCACCCAUCACACCCUCACUACACUCACUCUUCACCAUUGGCACAGCAGCACCACUAUGUCCCACACCCAACUUCUGCAUUUAACCCUGUGGCUAAUCAGCAAUCCAAUUCUUACUCAAAAGGAGCACCUGCCAGUAAUUUUAACCCUUUUGCUGCUCUUGGUGUUUCGACGGCAACAACUCCACAUGGAAGUUCAAAGGAUGAAACUCGGACUGUCUCCACUCCAUACCAGUGGAAUGGGAAUGUGACGGUGUUCAGGCCAGUGCAGGUCAAACUGAAGCCAGCCAAGUCAUGGACUGGUUUCAAGUUUGACAAGCCCCGCAUUUUAUCAGCUAUGUGGUCUGAUAUAGGCUGCUUCUGAACAAUGACACUUCAUU